CUUCCACCACCUCCCAGCUGACCGUGGUUAUUGAAGUCCUUGAGCGUGUUGAUGUUUAGCUCAAAGAAGUACCUCAACUCUUUUGGUUGGCAAGAGGGAAAUGCCUUAAAAGAAGGUGGUCUCCUUAAACCUGUUUUGACGUCUAGAAAAUAUGAUACUCGUGGUUUGGGUACAAAGCAUGAUUACGCCGACCAAUGGUGGGAUAAUAUCUUUUCUUCACAGUUGAAAUCUAUCCAAGUAAACGCUGGAAAUGGCAAUGUUCAAUUGGAAACGAAAGGGACAUCUAACAAGCUAGCAAUGGCGAAGUAUCACAGUAAAUACUCGGCCUUGUCGACUGUAUUUCGAUAUGCGGGUUGUCUAUCUGGAACAAUAGAAGAAGAGAAAGAAAGAGAGGGUUUGAAAAAUAACUCUAUUCAAAUGUCAGAAGAACAGCCGAAAGACAAGCGCUCAAAGAAAAAAUCUUCUCGGAAGGCAAAAUCAGGAUCUGACGAGCAAAAAUUAAAAGAUAAAAAGCAUAAAAGAAAAAGAAAGGAUUCUGAGGAUUCGCUGUCAUCUUCUUCCAAAAAGCGCAAAAAGGAAAAAAAAUCGUCUCAUCCCAAGUCAGAUCGGAAAAAAGAGAAGAAAGCGACCAAAAAGUCGAAGGGGAAAGAUUCAGAAGCUCGCAAGAAAAAAAAGCUUUCUAGAAAAGACAUUUAAACUGCUGGUUUCGAUAGAAACUGCUAUUAUGUCUUCAAAAAAGUAUUGGAUCUUCUAAUAAUCAAACUUCAACUAACACACUUUACACUGUUGGGGUUACUUAAAGGUAAUUAUUUUUUUCAUAACAGUACUCUUGACUUCAGAGGCUUCAUUUAAUAAACGACGGACAAUAUCACCUUUUAAUUGUUUGUCUGCCUCACUUGAGGAAUGCCUUUUAUCAAGCUUGGUGCUUUUUGCUUUGUUCUUUUUUAUGUUAAAGCAUAUCAUAGAAAGAACACUAUGGUUUUAGUUUGGCGUACUUUUUUCUCGGGUUGCUUGACAAAUUAUGUACAUUUUUAAUGUAGGUUAAUAGAACGGAUUCUUUGGGUUUUCAUUUAAUAUUAAAUUUCAUUAAAUAGAUGAAGAAUACAAAAAGCUGUAUAAAUUUCUGCUAGC